AAACAUUUGUCAUUCAAGUGCGUAGUACGAAUAGUAUUCCGCAUAAUAUAAUAGGACAGUGUCAUGGUGUCGUUAUUGAUGCGUUGUUAUUGUCAAUGUGCAGUGUUGUUAUUUUAAGCCAACAUCAAAUAAUAAUUUAAUAUAUUUUUACAUUUGUAACAACGUGGGUAGUUUGUCAUGAAAAACAAUACGGGGCCCAAAUCUCUCCAUCCAUGGGUUUACGCACCGCCACUCACCAGUAAUUGAAAAAUGAGAACUUGAUUAAUAAUAGCACAGCGGUCAGUGACUGCUCAGGAGUAGUUUUCAAAAUUAAACGUGACAACGAGUCAGUAGCUGCACACGGCCGUAAAUCGACCUAUUAUAUUUGUCCAAAAUAUAAUAUUGAUAUGAAUAUUUAAGUUAUUUCAACUGCUGUUUUUUUCGAGACCAAAUUGGAAUUGAUUGUUUUGUUUUGUCAAAGCUGUAACUUGUAAUACACCUUUUGCGUAUUUGCGUACCUAUACAUAUAUAUAUAAAAGGAUUUGAGAAUCCAAAACGCAUUUCUUCAGUUUAAUUCACCCACGAUCUAUUGUAUAAAAGACCGAGUCACAGUCUCCGACGAUUUAUUCAUCCCAACACACUCAAAAUAACUGUACAGGCAUAGUAAACAACAUGUGCACCGUGUGCUAUUUGUGGUUUAUUGCAUGUUCUCUAUUGAUGACAAAUGCAAGCAUUUUAAAUGAAUUACAAGAAGCACAAAAGUUCAUGGAACAGUUGGACUACGAUUAUUCGGCGGUGAUGGCCGACGCUGCAGCAGCGGCGGCGCAACAGAGGCCCGUCGCCGACUUGUUGUGGUACGACUACGGUGGCGGCGUCGGGCGGGGAGAAAACGGCGGCGGUGGAUCAAGCGGCUAUUACGGUGCCGGAUCUCCGGUCACAGGUGUGGCCACGGCCGCGCUGUUUGGGGCCGACAAACGGGGCGACACGACCCAGUCGAGCAACGGCGGCAUGUGGUUUGGGCCGCGAUUGGGCCGUAGAAAACGCCGAGGUGGAUCGCCGUUCGGCGGGGGAGCCGCGCAUCCAGUAGAAGGGAACGCGAUUGCGUCUGCCGCUUCGUCGCUGCUGCAACAGGAUCCGUCGGCUGCAGGCUCGGCGUCGGCGGUGGCAGCUGAGCAGGUCGCUGUUUCGGAAAUGAUCAACAACGUGCCGUGGGUGCUCGUACCGAUCAUCGAUAAUACCCUGUACACUCAGAUGCAGAUGAAGCAGAACGCGAGGAACGGCAGAUCAUCGGAGGAGGACGAUGACGACGUGGCGUCGCGGUCGCGGCACUCGGCCCGAUCGCCGCCGUACUCGCCACCGUUCUCGCCGCGUCUGGGCCGACAGGCGAUCAUGGCGCGGCCGCAAGUGCCCAGACUGGGCCGCCAAACGUUGCUAUACCGGCGGGACGCCAGGAACGCGUUGUACCAGCAGUCGAACGCGACGCUGCUCAGACAACAGCGACAGCAGCAGCAGCAGCAGCAGCAGCAGCAGCAACAACAGCCACUACAAGCCGCCACCGAAUCGGCGGCGGUGCGACGUCAGGCCGUGUAGACGACUUUCGCGGGCUGCAUCACUUGUGCUUUGAACCGGACGAUCGACACAAGAACGAAACUCACACAUUCAUUAUAUAUGUUAUAUUAUAUAUUAUGAUUUAGCGUAGUCGGUAUUUUUCGUAGUCUAAUAAAAACGAUAAUGAUAAUAUUAUUAUUAUUAUUAUUAUUGAUAUAA